CGCCCCGGUUUCUCCAGCGCUCAGCCAGCCUGUGGAAGCUGUGGGAAGAAAGGAAUGAAGCUUUGGUUCUUUCAGAAAAUGGUGUCCUACAUUAGUCAAGACUGUGAAGAAAUUCCUGAAUUCCUGGGAAGAAAAUAUGGACAUAUGGCAAAAAGACUAGAUCUUAGCUUCAACUUGUUAAGGUCACUAGAAGGACUGAAAACAUUCAGUUACUUGGAAGAGCUGAUCUUGGACAACAAUCUACUCGGAAAUGACCUUCUGCUACCCAGGUUACCCCACCUCCACACCUUAACGCUCAACAAGAACCAAAUAACAGAAUUAGAAAGCCUUUUGGAUCAUUUGGCUGAAGUUGUGCCCUCAUUACAGUAUCUCAGUUUGCUUGGAAAUGUGGCCUGCCCUAAUGAAUUGGUCUGCAAAGAAAAGGAUGAAGAUGACUACCAGAGAUACAGGUACUUUGUUCUGCACAAAUUGAAAAACCUGAAAUUUCUUGAUACUCGGCAAGUAACCAGGAAAGAAAGAGAGGAAGCUCUGGUUAGAGGUGCCUUCAUGAAAGUGGUUAAACCCAAGGAUGCUAAGGCCUCCAGCAAUGCUGCCUCCAUCUCUCCAGAGAUGAGCUAUACACCUCUACCUUCAGGAUCCAGAGACCUCACCAAUCACAGAGGCAUCUUGGGAAAAUGUCGCUACAUUUACUAUGGAAAACAUUCCGAAGGCAACAGAUUCAUCCGAGACGACCAGCUAUAAAACACUGCACUCUUUCAUGCCACCUCAGUCCCUCCACACGAGAAGCAAAAAUUGAAUCUAAAUUUUAAGCCUGUAACUAAAGUCCUCUAGUGCCUUCUGCUGACUUUGCCAGGCCUGUCAAAAUCAUCCUUCCAUCUCAGUCUGAGUAGUCACAUAGAGAUUGACAUGAUUGCCUUUAAGCAGGUCCCAUCCACCAGUGUGACAGACAGCUGUGGCAGAGCACCCGGCCUGACAGGAGGAGCGCAUGAUGGAUUGCCCGGUCCAGCUGCUGCACGCAAGAGAGCCGGGGUCACACCUGGGCUUUCACUGAGCAUGCUCCAUUGGCUGGCACCACACAAAAGCAGCAUGUUUAUCUCCCUCUCGCCUGUUGAGUGAGAGUGCUGGUGAUAUCAAAGUGUUUAUAAAAGAGUAGGGCUAUAAUUUCAGAUGAAAAAGCCCCUUAUCUGCUCUAAGGUUUUUUGUUUUGUUUUGUUUUUUUUUAUUGUGAAAUUAAGUGUUUUAAGAUAUAUCCAGAAAAUAUUUCAUCAGUGCAAAUUACAAUCAAUUUGUAUUUUUGCUUAUAAGGAAAAAGGUUUGAGCAGUUCUACAGACAAAAUUUUCUAAUUAUUAAAUAAUAUCUCAAAUUUAUUUACCUUGAUUUUCAGAAGAGGGGUCAUUUUUAAUAUUGCAUUAGUAGCAUAGGUUCCCUCUGUAGUUAGAAAGUCACUCAAUAAUAAUAUUGACAGUGUUUAUUAUUCCUGGUUUAUUAUGCAAUAUAUAUUUUACUUGUGUAGAGAGUACAUUUAGAAUUAAGCACUUAAAUUUGGAAGGAAAAAAAGACUUAAAAAGUGGGAUGUAAAAUAAAAUUGCCACCAGAUGGAUAUGAUUACUCAGCAGGGAAAAAUGUCAAUAAAAGUAACUGGCGGAAUUAACAUAAUUAACAGUUUUACUAAUAUGUUCUGGAGAAAAGUUCUGUUUCAUCCCAUUUGAAGUCUACAUAAGAAAGGCUAUUGUGAAGUUUUCAGUGAAAAACCAACAAUGCAUAGCCUAUUUCUUGCUUCUCUAAGAAAUUGAUUGAGAUACUUAGAAUCAUGAACAUCUUUCUUUGAAAAAUGAUCCUGAUAAUUAACAAAUAUAUCAUGUUAAGUGCUACUAGUUACAGUGUGAUUGGCAUAGGAAUAUGCAAAAAUGCUGUCCUCUGGGCUGUUCAUAACACAUGCAUAUUGUUCCUGGCUGAGUAUCAUUACUCUCUGGCUGUGUUUGGCUUGUCUGUAAUUAGAUGGUGCUCUUUGAUUACUUUCCUAAAGGCUAAAUGUUAAUUUUUAGAAGUUGUCCACUGUUUUUGGCUAUUGUCAGCUGUUCUUGUGGGUAGAAGCGAACUGGAUGUUGAAGCCAAUCACAAAAUUUGUUCUGUGUAAAAUAGUGAGACUGGCGAAGUGACAAAGGAAAGCUUGCUGCUGCUGAGGGUUUGAGGCCUUGCAUAGUAACUGGAAGACUUCAUUCACUCAAGAAGUCUGUAGUAAAUCAAGCAGAUACUUCAAAUCAGUGAUGAACAAUAUAGAGUGAUCUAGUUCAUACCACCUGCAGAGCAUGUCUUGUAUUUUGAGUUUAAAUUGAACACUGAGAUGCUUGCUACCAGAAACUGGUGUCUGGGAAGUAGGCUUUGGUCACUUGUAAUGACUCUGCUAAUGUCCUGCAUAGUUACAAUGUCCUGCAAGUUAUCCCAGGAGAUACUAGAGAAAGGAAAACUAUAGGCCUUGCCCCUCCCCCCCCCCUCCCGCCCCCCCAGAAAUAGUCCUUAGAGGUAUUUAGGGCACUUGUCUUCUCUCUUGGCUACUGAAAUAAGAGCAAUUCUUGUUUAUUCAUAUUAUAUUGUUCUUUUUGAAGCCUACACAUGUUUUGGCCAUGGCAUAUUAUAGGCAGCAGGUUCUGAAUACGGGUGUUUAGAAUAACCUAAUGUCACUUUCAGUCUGGUUGCAUAUAUGUUCUUGUCUUUAUAAAAGGCUUUAACCCUGCCUCAAACAAUAAACAACACUUGCAAACUGA